AUGUCCGAACCAAGUGAGACCGGAGGCCUCCCAUUGGACUUGAACGCACACCAGCAACAGCAACCUACAGGCAGCACCAUUCAUCAACCAUCACCACCUCGUGUCGACUACCGCAAAACGUCACAGUCAUCUAACGAUCUACCCAAAGCAUCCAAGGCUGCCAGCCCUCGCCGACGACCUGGAACCACCAAACAAGCGCCGUCCGGCCCCCACACCGGUUCCUCCCGCUCUGAAGAACAGCCAGGCUUGAGUCCUACCAACAUGUCAUCUCACAACAACAUCCAUUACACCCGGACUGGGCGUAUCAGCAAAGCAAAGAAGGGACUCAAAGUUCAUAACUGCGAGAACUGUGGAAGAUCUUACACCCGCGCGGAGCAUCUAAGGCGACACCAGAAGAACCACGCCCAGGAAGAUGCGCUUAUCUGCCAAGUCCCUGGAUGCGGCAAGACCUUCGUCCGUGUUGAUCUUCUCCAAAGACAUCAAGAGCGACACAACGAGCCUGCAAGAGAUUCUCCUGAGCAAAGUCCUGAAGGCUCACCAGAGCCCGCAUCCAUGUCUUUGCCCACUCUCGAGCAGCCCAUGAUGGAAAUGACAACCAACUCCGCAAGCACAUCCUUUUACGAGACCGUAUCUCCCGUGCAGGAGACGGCGCCAUUUACAAGGGUACUCUUCUUCGAGUGGGUACGCAUCGCCGAUCGCAUCAACCGACUUUUCCGUGUUCGGCAACCCGUCCUAUCGAGCGCGCACGCCCUCGAACGCAUCCAUGAUGGACCCAUCCUGGGGCUACCCAUCACGAUCGCCGGCAUCGACCACCUCAACGAUGGCAUACCCAUGGGGUUCGAACGACAAGGGAUCAACGGCCCCUAA